AUCGUAAACAAACCGUCCUCUGCAGGCCCGCGCCUCUCCAUUUUCCCUCUGUCAGAACAGGAGAGAGAAGGAAAAAAAAAAGGCGAAAACCAGAAAUCUGAAGCAGAGACCUUGAGCAUGUCUAGUUAAGCUGUAGCGUCAGUGGUCCUUAACUCUUCACUCCUAACCCCGAACCAACGUUCCCAGAUCCUGCACUGAGGCAUGGCUGCCGCCUUAGAGUGCUGGUCGAGCAGAGCCAGCACUGACGAGGACAUGGUAGAUCAUGUUCUGAUGCGAACCCAUGAUAGAUCAGAAACCACGUUACAAUCAGAAAGUUUCUCCACAUUGUCUUCAAAUCUUUCAAUCAAAGACACAUCAUCCGCAAUGCAGAAGCGGUUUCAGAGACUGAGUCGAAACGUGUCGGAAGCGAUUGCUUCGCUUAGAAACUCACUGAAUCUUGACUCGUCUCGUGAACCCCAACUGCAGGUUCUGCAGCUGCAGCAGCAGCAGCAAGCCCCGCGACAAUGUAACAAAGGAACUAAGAUUGAGAGUUCCCGGAAGGUCGUGUGGGCUAGUGUUGUAAGAAACCUCACGCUUCUGUACCCAGGUAGCCAGUUGCCGGAGAAGCUCGUGUCCAACAUUAGAAAGCAUUACGAUUCCUUGCCUCUCAGCUAUGCACAGGCAGAGUUUGAUAUGAAGGAUGUCUUUCUACACAUGAAGUUGAUAGAGCAGGCAUCGGUGGAUGAACAACCAGCAACAGUGAUACAGGAAGCAUCUGAUGAUGAGAUACAGGAUUCUGUAUUCAAGCUUACAUUUGCUUGUAACUCUUCGAUUUCAUGGCCUGUAAUGUCUGAUGCAUUAGAUAACGCUUCAAUUUGCUGCAAGAAGAUUCAGAUCUUUGAAAAGAAGGGGUUUACACUUGGUGUGGUUCUUCUUUUAGUUCAAGCUGGACAAGAGAAACCGAUCAGAGCCUGUAUUGAAAGUGGUUUAAAAUCUGCUAUGAAGAAGCCCAAACCAACUGUAAUGAAGAUUCCAUUUGGGCUUUGUGGGUGCCAAGAAGAGAAUAGUAGAGGCAGAGAUUUUGGUGAAAUUGAAGAGGAUCCUGGUGAACACAAUUACAGGAAUGGCACUGAGAAUUUGGGCGUGAAGAUUGAGCUUCAGACGCCAUUACCAAGUUCAUCUUUUGUGGUAUCAGUUGAUGAAUGGCAAACGAUUCAAUCAGGUGGAGAUGAGAUUGGGAAAUGGCUUUUGAACUCUGAUGAGCUUGAGUUUGCUGAUCAGAUUGGACCAAAUUCUUUUAAGGGAGUUUACAGGGGGAAAAGGGUUGGAAUUGAGAAGCUAAAAGGAUGUGACAAAGGGAAUUCUUACGAGUUUGAACUCCAUAAAGACCUAUUGCAGUUAAUGACUUGCGGACAUAAAAAUAUCCAGCAAUUUUAUGGUGUUUGUGUUGAUGAAAAUCAUGGCUUAUGUGUGGUAACUAAAUUAGUGGAAGGUGGUUCUGUUUAUGACUUGAUACUAAAGAACAAGAAGCUUCAGACUAAAGAGAUCAUAAGGAUUGCUUUAGAUGUAGCUGAAGGGAUUAAAUUCAUGAAUGAUCAUGGUGUUGCAUAUGGAGACCUUAAUACACAGAGGAUUUUAUUGGACCGGCACCGGAAUGCGUGCUUAGGGGACAUGGGUAUAGUCACUGCUUGCAAAAGUAUGGGUGAGGCAAUGGAGUAUGAAACGGAUGGUUACCGUUGGCUAGCCCCCGAGAUCAUUUCUGGUGAUCCAGAGAAUGUCACCGAGACAUGGAUGAGUAAUGUAUAUAGUUUUGGGAUGAUGGUUUGGGAGAUGGUGACAGGUGAGGCAGCCUAUGCUGCAUAUUCACCUGUGCAGGCGGCGGUUGGAAUAGCAGCAUGCGGCCUGAGACCGGAGAUUCCCAAGGACUGUCCAAAAAUUUUGAAUUCUCUGAUGACUAAGUGCUGGAACAAUAACCCAUCAAAACGUCCUAUGUUCUCUGAAAUUCUGUCAAUUUUAUCAAGGUUCAGAAACAGCAAUAGUAGGUAAAAAUUGAAAGUAUUUUGAUUAAUAUAGUUUAAUUUUGUGUAUAAAAAAAAAAUUGCACCUUAUCAAGGAGGUGCUAUGUAGCUUUUUGAAGCUCAUGAUCAUCAUUUAGCAGAAAUGAAGAUAGGGAAGUUGUUUUUCUCAUGAAAAUGAAAGAGCCAAUAAUGUGUGUUGAUUGCUUUUGCUUUAUUUGGAAUGUUACCAUUGUGCAUUGUGAAUUCUUGAAAUAAAAUAAGAUUUGAUGCUCUCUAUGCUUAUUA